AUGCUGAUCGAAGAGUGUCCCAUAAUUGGCGUGAACGUAAAAGUGUGGCUGUUCUGGUCGUACCUGCGGCGGCCGCGGUUGAUCCGCUUCCUGGCCGGCUGCAUUCCCGUGGCGCUGCUGAACGUGUUCCAGUUCGCCAAACUCUACUCGUCCGCGGGCGACAUGAGCGAGCUCAUCAUCAACGGCUACUUUAGCGUGCUGUACUUUAACCUGGUGUUGCGCACGUCCUUUCUCGUCAGCAAUCGGAGGAAAUUCGAGACGUUCUUUGAAGGCGUCGCCUCCGAAUACGAGCGACUCGAGCGAAACAACGAAAUUCGACCCAUCCUGGAGCGGUACACGCGCCGUGGGCGAAUGCUGUCGAUGUCGAACCUGUGGCUGGGCGCCUUCAUUAGUGCCUGCUUUGUGACCUAUCCGCUGCUGGCGCCGGGACGCACCCUGCCGUACGCCGUCUCGAUACCGGGGGUCGAUGUGCUCGCCUCGCCCGUCUACGAGGUCCUGUUUGUGCUGCAGGUUUACCUUACCUUUCCGGCCUGCUGCAUGUACAUCCCGUUCACCAGCUUCUACGCCACGUGUACGCUGUUCGCGCUGGUUCAAAUUGCAGCCCUCAAGCAGCGCCUCGGACGCAUCCGCGCGGGCGCGCCAUCGGCCGCCGGCGAACACACCCGGACGCUGUUCGUCGAGCUGAAGGAGUGUCUAAUGUAUCACAAACAAAUCAUUCAAUAUGUGCACGACCUGAACUCACUCGUGACCUACAUCUGUCUGCUCGAGUUCCUGUCGUUCGGGAUGAUGCUUUGUGCCUUGCUGUUCCUCCUAAGUAUCAGCAACCAACUGGCACAGAUGAUUAUGAUAGGGUCGUACAUUUUCAUGAUACUCUCGCAGAUGUUUGCCUUCUACUGGCAUGCCCACGAGGUCCUGGAACAGAGUCUCGGUAUCAGUGAUUCAAUUUACAACGGAGCGUGGCCAGACUUUGAUGAAUCCAUCCGCAAGAAACUGAUUCUCAUCAUAGCCCGUGCCCAGCGACCGAUGGCUAUAAAAGUCGGCAACGUGUUUCCAAUGACGCUGGAGAUGUUUCAAAAGCUGCUCAACGUGUCCUAUUCGUACUUCACCUUGCUGAGACGUGUUUAUAAUUAG